AUGCAAUUAUCAUUAGAAAGCAAAGAGGACUCCGAAGCAAAACCGCCGGCUUCAACGCCAGAAGGUUACGACGAUCCUUGGGAAUUUGAAAAAGAUGGAGACGUCUAUGUACUUCACGAUAACGAUUUUGAUCUUUUUGUCAAGGAACAUCCCACAUUUUUAGCGGAAUUCUAUGCGCCGUGGUGCGGCCACUGCAAAGCUUUGGCGCCAGUCUAUGCAAAAGUAGCUUCGAAAGUUUCCAUACCCUUAGUAAAGGUUGAUGCUACCGUAGAAACUGAGUUAGCCAAAAAGUAUGGUGUACAAGGAUAUCCAACGCUCAAACUGUGGAAAGAGGGCGAGGAACCAAGUGAUUACGAGGGUGGCAGAACAGAGGAAGAUAUCAUUGCUUUUAUCAAUCAACGAACUGAUCCAAAUUACAAACCACCUCCAGAGGAGGUUGUGACCCUGACUAAAGAGAACUUUGAUGACUUCAUUGGUAGUCAUGCUCUGUCUCUUGUCGAGUUCUAUGCUCCAUGGUGCGGUCACUGCAAAAAGCUGGCUCCAGAAUACGAGAAGGCUGCUCAGAUGCUCAAGGCUCAAGGAAGCCCUAUCAGGCUUGCAAAAGUAGACGCCACAGUAGAAAAAGAUUUAGCUGAAAAAUAUGGAGUUAGCGGAUUCCCAACGCUAAAAAUUAUGCGACAUGGGAAGAGGUAUGAAUACAAUGGACCACGAGAAGCUUAUGGAAUCGUCAAAUUCAUGCAAGAACAAGCUUUACCAGCAGCAAAGAAACUUGGAAGUGUUGGAGCUGUGCAGAGAUUCAUGCAAAAGGAAGAUGUAACUAUCAUCGGUUUCUUCGAAAGUGAUGCUUCUCCAGCUUUUGAGCCUUUCUCUGAAGCUGCCGAAAUGCUUCGCCAGGAUUUCAAAUACAUAGGAUGGGUAUCAGAUCCGGAAGCUUUCAAAAAAUACGAUGCUAAGCCAAAUGAUAUGAUCAUUUUCUAUCCAACGCUGUUCCAAAGCAAAUUUGAACCAAAAAGCAGGACUUACAAUAGAGAAGGUGCACCCGCUGAAGAGCUGGUCUCAUUCCUUCGUUCCUUCUGCCUUCCAUUGGUUGGAAAGAGAACUAAGGAGAAUAUCCCUACUCGAUAUGGAAAGUUCCCAUUGGUGGUUGUAUACUAUAACGCUGAUUUCUCAUUACAGUAUAGAGAGGGUAGUGAGUAUUGGCGUCAGAAAGUGUUGAAUAUUGCUCAGAAGUACCAAAAAGACAAUUAUUACUUUGCUGUAGCUGAUGAAGAAGAGUUUGCUGAUGAGUUGCAAGAUGUUGGACUUGGUGAUUCUGGACUUGAGCAUAAUGUUCUUGCCUUUGGACAUGAUGGAAAGAAGUAUCCAAUGGAUCCCGAAGAAUUUGAUGGCGAAUUAGAAGAGAAUUUGGAAGCUUUCAUGAAGAAGCUCAGUGCUGGUAAAAUCAAGCCGUACUAUAAAUCGGCUCCAAUUCCACGUGAUGACAAGGGCCCGGUAAGGAUUGUUGUUGGCGCCAACUUCGAGAAGAUUGUCAAUGAUGAAAGCAAAGACAUUCUUAUUGAAUUCUAUGCUCCAUGGUGUGGACAUUGCAAGGCGUUCGAACCAAAAUACAAGGAAUUAGCGGCGAAGUUGAAGAAAACUGAACCAAAUCUUGUGCUUGCUAAAAUGGACGCUAUUGCUAAUGAUGCUCCUUCGCCAUAUUCUGUGGAAGGCUUCCCGACAAUCUACUUCGCUCCAAGUGGAAAGAAGAAGGAACCAAUCAAGUACAGUGGAAAUCGUGAUUUGGAUCAUUUGACGAAUUUCAUGAAAGAACAUGCAUCAAAGCGUACAAUGAGCAACAAAGAAUAG